CGAGAUGUCCUAUGGCCUCAACAUCGAGAUGCACAAGCAGGCGGAGAUUGUCAAGCGUCUCAGUGCCAUCUGUGCUCAGAUCAUCCCUUUCCUCUCUCAAGAGCACCAGCAACAGGUGGUCCAAGCCGUGGAGCGGGCCAAGCAGGUCACCAUGGCUGAGCUCAACGCCAUUAUCGGGCAGCAGCAGCUCCAGCACCUGUCUCACCACGCCCCGGGCAUCCCCCUGACGCCUCACCCGUCAGGCCUCUCCCUGGGCGCGGGCAGCUCCGGGCUCCUGGCCCUGACCGGGGCUCUGGGGGUCUCGGCCCACCUCGCCUCCAAAGACGAGCGCAACCACCUCGACCCUGAACACCUCAGAGAGGGAGCGCCCAGCAGGAGCAAGUCGGUGUCGUCGACAGACAGCCAGCCCGCCGAGGAGCGCCAGGGCCCGUCCGGAGGCUACUCCUCCUCGCAGGGAGGAGCCGAGGCCAAGAGGAGGCGCUGCGACGACAAAGAGCCUCUCCCGCCUCACUCCUAUGACAGCGAUGGAGACAAGAGCGAAGACAAUCUGGUGGUGGACGUCUCCAACGAAGAGCCCAACUCUCCAGCCGGCAGCCCUCCACAUUCGCCGCAUGGGAACGGUUUGGACCGGGCCCCGACCUUAAGGAAAGAGCUGCCGGGCUCCUCGAGCGCCGGAGAGGCUCCGUCCACCCCAAACCCCCGCAGCCCCACCCCGGGCAAGGCCAAGGACCCCGCACAGAUGGAUAAGUCCCAGUCUCCGCUGUCCAAGUCUGGCACCCCGUCCCCGUCCCACCGUGAGGCCCUUACCCCCGGAGCCCCCGGAGCCCCCGGAGCCCCUGGUCCCAGCACCUCCUGCCUUCGCCUGGUCAGCAAAGCAGCAGCCAGCGCAGACCCCCUCGCUCUCCGCAGUCCCAUGUCUGUGCCCCCCGGUUCAUACCCGGCUCAUUUUGGCGUGGUGUCCCACGCAGGCCUGAACGGGGAGCUGGCCAGUCCCGGAGGCUUCGGCGGAGCCCUGACUCUCUCCCCACAGAUCAGCGCAGCAGCCAGCGCCUACUCCCGGAGCCCCAUGGUGGCGUAUGACUCCCGGUCUCACCUGAGGGCCCCGGGGUUGUCCUCCUCUCUGCCCGGCUCGUCUGGUGGAAAGCCCGCCUACUCCUUCCACGUGAGCGCCGACGGCCAGAUGCAGCCGGUGCCCUUUCCCCCCGACGCCCUGCUGGGUCCGGGGAUCCCCCGUCACGCCCGGCAGAUCCACACCCUGAGCCACGGGGAGGUGGUGUGCGCCGUCACCAUCAGCACCUCCACGCGCCACGUCUACACCGGAGGCAAAGGCUGCGUCAAGGUGUGGGACAUCAGCCAGCCGGGCAGCAAGAGCCCCAUGGCCCAGCUGGACUGUCUGAACAGGGAUAACUACAUCCGCUCCUGUAAAAUCCUCCCCGACGGGCGAACCUUGAUUGUCGGCGGAGAGGCCAGCACGCUGUCGAUCUGGGAUCUGGCCACGCCGACUCCCCGCAUCAAGGCGGAGCUGACGUCGUCCGCUCCCGCCUGCUACGCUCUGGCCAUCUCCCCCGACAACAAGGUCUGCUUCUCCUGCUGCAGCGACGGCAACAUCGUGGUCUGGGACCUCCACAACCAGACGCUGGUCAGGCAGUUUCAGGGCCACACGGACGGAGCGAGCUGCAUCGACAUCUCCAACGACGGCACCAAGCUGUGGACGGGCGGCCUGGACAACACGGUCCGCUGCUGGGACCUCCGAGAGGGACGCCAGCUGCAGCAGCACGACUUCACCUCGCAGAUCUUCUCUCUGGGCUACUGUCCGACGGGCGAGUGGCUGGCCGUGGGGAUGGAGAGCAGCAACGUGGAGGUCCUGCACGUCUCCAAACCCGACAAGUACCAGCUGCACCUCCACGAGAGCUGCGUCCUCUCGCUCAAGUUCGCCUACUGCGGAAAGUGGUUCGUGAGCACAGGAAAAGACAAUCUGUUGAAUGCAUGGAGGACACCAUAUGGAGCGAGCAUUUUCCAGUCCAAGGAGUCCUCGUCUGUGCUGAGCUGUGACGUCUCCCCCGACGACAAGUACAUAGUGACGGGCUCCGGGGACAAGAAGGCCACGGUGUACGAGGUGGUGUACUGAGGGGCCGAGGGACGAGAUGGGAAGAGACAGGAUGGAGAUUUUG